AUGGUACAAAAUGACACUGAACUCCAAUCCUGGUGGAAGGAAGUUCGAGAGGAAGGACAUGGAGACUUGAAAGACAAGGCAUGGUGGCCUAAAUUAGAAUCUGUUAAAGAUGUGAUUGAUAACUGCACUAUCAUCAUAUGGGUGUCUUCUGCUCUUCAUGCAGCUGUAAACUUCGGGCAAUACCCCUAUGGUGGUUAUCCACCUAAUCGCCCGACUCUAAGUCGUAGGCUUUUGCCUGAACCUGAAACUCCUGAAUAUGAUGAACUAAAAGAGGAUACCCAGAAAGUUUUUCUGAAAACAGUCACUCCACAACUACAAUCACUUCUCAGUGUUACUUUGAUAGAGAUAUUGUCACGACAUACUUCAGAUGAGAUCUAUCUUGGGCAAAGGGAGUGUCCUGAAUGGACCAUGGAUGCUGAACCUUUGAAGGCAUUUGAAAAUUUUGGUAAGAAGCUGAAAGAAAUUCAGGAAAGAAUUGUGAAUUUGAACAAAGAUGAGAGGUUGAUGAAUAGAUUUGGACCUGUAAAGAUACCAUACACCCUACUUUACCCAAGUAGUGAAGAGGGGCUUACUGGAAGGGGCAUACCUAACAGUGUGUCGAUAUAA